AGCAGGGAACGGCAUCCUGCAUCGCGCUAAUAAAAAUCUCUAAAAAUAGGUAAAAGUUCUAGGACCGUUUUUAAAAGCCGUCCCAUUGUUGCGGUUCACGUUUGAAUCAACGAAUUUCUGGCCUACAAGGCCCCCAACAUUUCGCAUUCAUCAGAAAUCCAUCGUAAAAUUUGACAAAGAAUUUUGAUGUGUGUUCUACAACAAUUACGAUUAACCAUAUAAUAAAUACUUCUCUUUAAAUGAAUGUAAGAAAACAUCAAACUAAAAAAUGAAGAAAAUGUGUUAACGGAAAAUGGAAAAGCGUACACUAUUUGAUGGAAAAGUUAAAGUGUUUGUAAUAAGUAUAAUGAAAUCAAGGCAAAUAGUAAUAAAAAGGCGAUACCAUUAAGUGUGUAUUAAGCAAAUCAGAGAGACUAUACAGAGAUGAUGGGGCCAUGAGCCCGUCGUGCCCCAAAGUCAUCAGGAGUCGCAAAAGCGUCUCAUACGGGGCUGCACCAUGCUAGCGCCAGCGAACCUGAGGUCAAUAUGCGGCCAGGACCCAGGCUGGUCGUGAUGGCGCUUGCGUUUAUUUCGGGGGCUCAACGAGGCACCACCAAUACACACAAUAGUGCCAAUUAUAAGGACAACAAGUUAGUGGGCAGAAAUAAUUUAAAUAUUAUAUACGAUAUUGGACAACUUGAUGAUGAUCGGGGACCAUUAGCACGCGUAAACCCCUGGUUAUCAGCCUGCGAUCUGGCGCCACAUAGAAAAUCACCGGAUCUCCAGGGUCAAUGCACAGCCGGUACACUGCCAGUGACCCGGAUAGAAGAGGGCCCAGGGCCACCACAACCACCUCCUCCAGAGUGUCCGUUAUCAUGUCGUGAACAGAAACAACAAAAGUUAAAUCAACAACACAAUAAUAGUAAAAGUAAUAAAUUAAAAAAUAUGGAGAUAACCGGUAUUAAAAAACAAGAGUGCCUUUCCUAUUUGGGCGAAGCAAAUGAAUUUAGUCCAGAAUAUUUAUGUAAAAGAAAAAGCAGCAUUGAAACACAAUUAAGAAAUUUACGUUUGAGACAUUGUUGUGAACGUGAUGCUCUAAGUGCAUUACAUUAUCAAGCUUAUCUAGAUGUUAUAAAAGGAAAUGAAAGCAUGUGCGUAAAACGGAUUAAAGAUCUAAUCGAAACAGAUCAACUAGCAAGUAGAAUCACAUGUGAACUUACUGAAAUUUUGACACGAUUCGAUUGUAAGAAACCGUAUUCGUUGAUAAAUCACUGUGACGACUGUAGGGAAGCAUAUCGUCGAUGGGUUUGUAGCACAUUUAUUCCAUAUUUUGCAUCUGAGAGUGAUGCAAAACGUAUGGAUGCAAGCGCAAGCAACAGCAAUAGUUCAAGAUCAAAAUCAAUACAACACAGAAAAACACGCGAUUUAAGUCCUCCACAUGUGUCAACAUCAACUUUAUUAGCUUCUUUUCAAAGCUCUUCUCUCAUAAAAAACAAUGAUUCAUCUUCGAACCUGCAUAAUAGUUUAACAUUACCACCGGUAACAAUAAGAAGAUCCAGAAGAAAAUCACAUUCGGAACAAAAACGUAUUCGCAUUCGUCCUUGUUUGAGUGUUUGUCAAAGUGUUGAAACAAAAUGUCCUUAUUUGCUGCCAGGUGAUCGUGCACCAGCCCUUCCAACCCAAUAUGCGGGUGAACCAACUUUUUUAUGUCAUGAUCCAAAUGUACAUGAAACUGUUGAGCAGGCUGAAAAGUCUAAUAAUGGCCCUGAUGAUUGUUGUUACUGGUAUUGUGGUGGUCCCCUUGACGGUUUAUGUACAAACUGUCCUACAAAAUUGUUUAGUAAUGCUACUAACUAUGAUGGACUGCCGAGAUUAGCUAAUGAUACGGAAAGCAGCAAAACAGAAAACUUAUCUGCAGCUGCUGUGCAUAAGCAACAACAACAGAUACAAUUACAUAAGCUAAUGGAACAAACAAACAUUUAUAGUGAAAGUAGGUGUCCAAUAUAUAAUUGGACUGGACCUCAAACAUGUGUUUUACAAUAUCCCGGUCCUUAUUUUAACAUUAGUUCCGCAUUAAAAAAGGUGAAAGUUAAUCAACAUGAAUCCGAAAAACAAAAUCAUCAUUUUCAAAAAUCUUCUUCUUUUGCUGUAUUAUCGUGCUCGCCUACCAGCAUCGCCAGUUUAACUUUAUUAUCGCAAUUUUUAAUCAAUAUUCAAAAUAACGAUAAUAGAAUUUGGACCGUGUUUAUAUAUAAAAUUAUGUUAAUAACUACUCAUAUUACGAAUAUUCUACAAAAUAUAAUAAUAAAGAUCGCAUGGACUAAUAUUACUCAUAUUAAUAAAUUUCUGCUCCAACUUGCCGAAUUAUAG